AUGGAGGUCCCUCCCAUGGAUAUCGUCUCGGCAAUUCUUUCCCGUGUGAUUCCUGAUUCAAUAUUAACAUGCAAACUAGUAUGCAAGUCAUGGAAUUCACUUCUCAGUAAUAUAAAGGUAGGUGUUCUCUUUUUGGUUCCGUCACAUAAACAACUUGGAAUAUACUAUGGCGACUUCCAUGAGCUUAUUGGCGACUGCAGUACUUUUAAAACAACAGUUAUGAAGAUCAACCAUAUUCCAAUUGUUAAGGGUGAUCCUUUCGACUACGAGAUGGUUGGUUCUUGCAACGGCCUGGUUUGUUUAUCUGUACCCUAUGUUAAACUUGGAUUUCCAUGUAGAUUCGGAGAUCCUAUCUACAUAUGCAAUCCCGUCACUAGAGAAUACGUCUAUCUUCCAGAUGUCGACAGGAAGGUUGAUAAUAUAACAGGUGGAUUCGGUUACCUUCGUACACCUAAUAAGUACAAGGUAGUUAGAAUUUAUUACCCUGAGUAUCCAGGUAAAGGAUUUGUCCAGAUAUACACUCUUGGCGACUCUAGUGGAUGGAGAGAAAUUGGGGAGAUAGAACACGCCCUGACCGGUACACCAGGUGUCCUUGCCAACGAAACUCUCUAUUAUAUGGAUACUUGUAGAAAUAAUAUUUUGGCUUUGGAUUUAGCAAGCGAAGAGUUCUGUCUUCUCCCAACACCACCAUGUCUCAACGGAUGUAUUACAACGACAACCUAUCAACUAAAGGUGAUGAGAGGGCAUCUUUGUAUUGUUCAUUCAAAGAAAGGUGAGAAAGUGGAUAUUUGGUCAUUUAGCAAUAGACAAAAGGACAAAAUAGGAGGUUUACCCUUUAAGAUUUCUGAUUGUGAAUUCUAUCAUAAUAUCCUAUCAAAUGAUGGUCUGUUAGAUUUAGGUUUUAAAGGUUACGCUUUUACUUGGAAUAACCAUAGAGAAAAAGAAGCCAAUAUACAGGAAAGGCUAGAUAGAGCUGUAGCUAAUUUGAAAUGA